UAAAACAAUGGGUGACUGGAGCUUUCUAGGAAGACUUUUAGAAAAUGCACAAGAACACUCCACUGUUAUCGGCAAAGUAUGGUUAACGGUAUUAUUCAUCUUCAGAAUCUUGGUAUUAGGGGCUGCAGCAGAAGAGGUCUGGGGAGAUGAACAGUCAGAUUUCAGGUGUAAUACACAACAGCCUGGCUGUGAAAAUGUAUGUUAUGAUAAAGCCUUCCCGAUAUCUCAUAUUCGCUUCUGGGUUCUUCAGAUUAUAUUUGUCUCCACACCAACUCUGAUCUACUUGGGACAUGUGUUACACAUAGUGCGAAAGGAAGAAAAGCGAACUGAGAAUGUGCUACACAUAGUACGACAGGAAGAAAAGCAAACCGGGAAAGAAGAGGAACUUAGAAAAGAAAAUAAACACCAAGAGGACAAGGAUCUCUUGGAGAAAGGUAGUGGAAAAAAGGAAAAACCACCCUUAAGAGAUGAACAUGGCAAAGUGAGAAUGCGUGGGGCACUUCUUCACACCUAUAUUUUCAACAUAAUUUUCAAGACAUUAUUUGAGGUUGGCUUUAUUGUAGGACAGUACUUUUUGUAUGGUUUUCAGCUGAAUACACUUUAUAGGUGUGACAGAUGGCCUUGCCCUAAUGUAGUGGAUUGCUUCAUAUCAAGGCCCACUGAAAAGUCUAUUUUUAUCAUAUUUAUGCUUGCAGUGGCUUGUGUGUCUCUUUUGCUGAAUAUGUUAGAGAUUUAUCACCUUGGAUGGAAGAAAUUCAAGCAGGGAGUACGUUAUGAAUAUGACACGGAUCCAGAGCAAGCAUCCAAUCAGGCAGAGCCAGACUCAACGGCCCUAUCUCCUAGGACUGCUCCAGCAAACUAUCCACUGCUCUAUUCUGAAGUCACUGCAAGUAAUCAUGACAUUUACCAUGAGGCAUCUCCUUUGGACAUUAAGAUGCCACCUCUUUCUGAAGGUCAGCAUAAAUCUCAUUACUGCAUCAAUCACAGACUUGCCACUGAGCAGAACUGGGCCAAUCAGGCAGCUGAGCAACAGUCACAUGGCAGGCAAGCCACAUCUAGUAAAACAAGUAACAGACAUCUGCAUGGAAGUAAUGGGAGCCUGGCCAGUGGGACACAUGAGCUGGCAGAACGUCAACUAACCACUAGGGUGGAAAUGCAUGAGCCUCCAUUAUUGGUGGACUCACAUCGUUGGAGUACUGCCAGUAAGAUAAGCAUCAAUAGAGCAAGGCCAGAUGAUCUAAUGGUUUAA